AUGAACACUAAAUCAAAAUUCGGUAUGGGUAUCACGAAAAAGAAGAAGAACCCUAAGAAGAAGAUAACGCUGAGAAAAGUUAUCGAAGCAGCCAAACGAUCGAUGACACAAAGCAACGAUGCACAGGCAGUAAUUCAGUCUGCUCUUAAGGGUGCGCAAACAGUUGUCAAGCAGGCUGGUGGAAAGAAGAAUAUACGUGCACCACGUGUUCUACCCGUACCAUUCAAAGUUGGAGGUUUCCUGCCGUUUCUCGUCCCUAUGUUUGCGGGUCUGAGCGCUGCCUGAGCGUUAGCAGGAGGCAAAGGACUGUACUUGAAACCCUACAAGAAGGGACUGGGCAUUCAUCUAAAGCCAAAAAACUUGAAGUGA